GCUUCAACAGCAAUUGGCAAGCUGACAAAAGCGCCAACAGCGCCAGAGCAACCAAAGCAGCCAAAGCAAUGCCAAGCGCCAAAACCUGCUCGGACAGUGUAAUUACUCGCAAUCUUAUCAAUGCCAGCGCGCGCGCCUCCGCUGCUCUGUCUGUUUAUAAGAGCCGAGGCACUCGAAAGCCACCCACAUCACUCACUCGACCCUGCACUCAGCGGCCACAACAUGUACGCAUUGGCACCGACUAUCACGCUCAUUGCUAUGAACAGCGCAUGCAACAUGCAGGGGCAGCAACAACAGCAGCCGGGACGCAUGCAGCAGAUGCAGAUGCAGCUGCAGCAGCAGCGCCAACGCGAGCUGCAGCUGGCGAAAACUGAGCGAAAGCAACGGCAGCAGGCAAAGCAGCAGCUGAAAGAAAACACCAAGAAAACACAUAGAAAGUGGUACAAGAAACUGUUGAAAGGGCACGAGAAAAAAGAAUCCGACAUGGAAAAUGCAGAGGACAAGACACUGCCAAUUAAAGAAGGAAGCGAAAGAAAAUUAUUCAUGCCUGAUUAAUGAUGAAUAAAGAUU